AUGUCAAGCUCGUUGUCGACGUGGAGGCCCUGGAGGACGACAGCGGCCCAACAAAAAAAAAAGUACUACGAGACGGUCUUGGAGGAGCGAAAGGAGCUGAGGCAACAGCUGGACGCCAAAGAAGCUCAGCAUGUAGCUGCAAUCAAAGAGGCAUCGGAUCAUCAACGAGCUCUCUUUGGUGAUGUACAGACAUUGCAGGAGAAGCUGCGGCAAAAGAACGAAGCAUCGGAAGAAGACAGAAGGCGCUUAGACGAAGCUGAGCGUCGUGCCGAAGAUGCGCAACGAAGAUAUGAUCAGGAAGCGGCGGCAGCUUUAGCACACCGGCAGAGCCUGACGGAUCUCCAGCGGAAUUACGAGUCGGAAAGAAGGCAAAAGGACGAUGCACAGAAGAAGGCACAAGAAGCCUGCAGUACCGCAGAAGAGGUGACGCUGCGCAACCAAGCAUUGGAGAAGCGCUUGGUGGAAACGGAAGAAUUGCUUCGGAAAGAGAAGGAGAAGAACCGACAAUUAGAGGCGCGGCUGCAGAGCCUGGAACGUACCGUGAAGGCCCUGGAGGAAAAGGCAGAUGCAGCUGCACAGAUGGGGCGUGCAGAGGGUGCAUCCGAAUUGGCAGAGGUGAAGAAGAAGUAUGCGGAGCUUAGCGCUGCCAAGGACAAGGAGCUGCAGGUGGCACUCCUGGAACUGCAGGCUUUGGCACAGGGCCAGGAGCUCCUUCGUGCAGAGCUACGGACUAGUCUCCGGCCACUCGUGUCACCGCCCUGGCCGAGCCUCUCGCCUCCGCCCCGUCCGCUGCCUCGCAUUCCGACGAUUCCCUGGCACCGUCGAGUGUCCAAGUCGGUCCUUCCUGUGAACAGAGGGGAACUUCCUGCCUAUGGGGACUCGAUGCUUGCUGCACCUUUCCCAACUGCAACAUCUACAUAUAUCUCUGCAGAGCCAAUGGCUGCAAGCACCUUCGACAGCGGGGAAGGGCAGAGGCUCGACUUUCCUGCAGAACCGGUGGUUCAGAAACGCUUUGCCUGA